CAGCCGAGUAUUUGGCCCCCUCGAGCAUCUGAAGUAUGGUGAAUAUGACUGCAACCUAACCAAGAAUCACACCUUGAACCGGUUGAUUAUAACCUUACAACUAACAUUCGGAGUAGGAAUAUUGAAUUUUGCAUCGUGGAAGAUCCUAUUUGAAAAAUGUUUACGAAACCGCGAACACUGUUGUUCAUCAUUCGGGGCAUGUCGACCGUUACUAAAGAUAUUGACAAUCUAAUUAAGCAUACCAAAGUGGUUGUAUUCAUGAAAGGAGUUCCUGAUGCGCCUAGAUGUGGGUUCAGCAAUGCUGUUGUUCAAAUUUUGAGAAUGCAUGGUGUCAAAUAUGAUGCACAUGAUGUACUUGCUAAUGAGGAACUUAGGCAAGGUGUCAAGGACUUUUCCAAUUGGCCUACGAUACCCCAAGUUUUCAUGAACGGUGAAUUCGUCGGGGGUUGUGAUAUUCUACUCCAAAUGCACCAAAAUGGUGAGCUCAUCGAGGAACUCAAGAAAAUAGGAAUUACAAGUGCUCUAUUACAAGAAGAACCAAAUGAAUCCUCUAGUAAACCUGACAAAUAAAACUCCUACUGUUAUUUAUAGAUAAUUAUGUUUAAUAGUUAUUUUUUAUUAAGAAUAAUAAACGUUUGACUUCUAGAAUUGUA